AUGUGGCAGAGCUCACCUGAUCCCAGCAGCGUUGGCAGCAGCAGGUGUGCCCAGCAGGCCCAGGAGGGCAGCCCCAUGGAGAACAGUGUGGGGCAGGAGCUGGGGACCCCUGAGCUACCUGCUGCCGAGAGCAUCCCAGCCCCCCAGUUGGUGUUUCACAUGCAGCUGGCCCAUGGCAGCCCCACAGGGUACAUUGAGGGCUUCACCAACGUCAAGGAGCUCUAUGCCAAAAUCGCUGAGGUCUUCAGCAUCUUGGCCACUGAGAUCCUCUUUUGCACACUCAAUACACACAAAGUGGACAUGCAGAAGCUGCUGGGGGGACAGAUUGGUCUGGAGGACUUCAUUUUUGCCCAUGUCCGGGGUGAGAUGAAAGAGGUGGAGGUGAAAGAGGAUGCAUUUGGCCUCACCAUCAUGGCCAAUGGGGCUGGCUAUGCUUUCAUCAAGAGAAUCAAGGAGGGGAGCAUCAUCAACCACAUCCAGACAGUGUGCGUGGGCAACAGCAUUGAGGCUAUCAACAACCACACCAUCGUGGGCUGCUGGCACUAUGAAGUAACCCAGAUGCUGCAGGAGCUGCCCCAGGCUCAGCCCUGCCUCGUGCAGCCCAAAAAGGUCUUUGACAUGAUUGGGCAGCGGACAUGGAGCAGCAAGUCCCUGGGCAAGAGCAGAGUGGCCAGUGGGAAGGAAACACUGUGGCUGUGGGCACAGGGCCCAGCCACGCUGGAAGAGGGGCCCAGCCUCUUCAAGGAAGAAGCUGCCUGCUGGGUAGAUGACCUGCUGGAGAGCUACGUUGACCUCCAUGACAGUGAGCUGGCCUCAAUGAUGGUGGAGGCAGCAAAGGAGAGCCCUGGUGAGGCCCAGCUCGCCCAUGGCUUGGACUUGGUGCUGGGUGAGUUUGCCUUCCCCCAGGAGUUUGUGGCUGAGGUGUGGGCAGCUGUCUGCCAGCCCAAGGCGGGGCAGGAGUAGCUGGUGGGGCAGCAGGGCCCCUCACCUGCAUCCCCACCCCACCUGUGGCUGGCAGUGCUGGUGGGGGUCCCCAUCCUGCCCCCCCCCCCACACCCUCCUGAGCUGCACCUAGGUGUGUCACCUGGGGGGGGGGGCAGUGGGGCACCCAGCCUGCAC